AUGUCGUGCGCUCUGGGUACACUUGUCAGUGCAAGCUCGGCUACCAUCCGUACAAUGAUGAUCGGUUUCCAACAUGUGAGAAGACCUGUAAUCAGCUGGAAGAGAUUGCUUCUACCGACCGAUGCCUUCCAAAAGCUCAACUUGGCCAUCGAUGUCUAUCUAAGAAACAGUGUCCAGGCUUCGCUGACUGUAGAUUUGGAACGUGUCAAUGCUUAUGUGGAUAUAAGCAGGUUCGAGACAACAUCCUUGGCACUCGCUGCACGAAUCCUGAUGACCCCCUCAGUCUGA